GUGAUCUUGUUGGGAAAAGUGUGAUAGUUUCAUGGGUGACGCAUUAGAAGUACACCCGAAUUACGUGACUUAUUGGGAAGCAGCCGAUGACGAAAAAAAUGGUAUCAAGCGCGGUCGUGCUCGUUCAAAAACCACUACUUAUCGAUACUAUAACUAUUCUUCUGGUUACAUUCAUCAUGCUACAAUCAAAAAAUUAAAGUAUAACACAAAGUACAAGUAUGAGCUUGGGGAAGGCAAUGGCACUCGCCAAUUUUGGUUCAUGACUCCUCCGGAAAUAGGCCCCGACGUUCCAUACACAUUUGGGCUCAUUGGUGAUUUGGGACAAACACAAGCAUCAAAUCAAACAUUGGAGCAUUACCUGGCUAGCGGGAAAGGUCAAACUGUGUUGUUCCUUGGUGACUUCUCCUAUGCCGAUGUUCAUCCCUUUCACGAUUACGAAAAAUGGGAUACAUUUGGACGGUUUGUCGAGAAGAGCAAUGCUUACCAGCCAUGGAUUUAUUGUGCCGGAAAUCAUGAAUUGGACCUUGCUCCUGAAAUUGGAGAACACAUUCUUUUCAAGCCCUACAGACAACGAUACCAUGUACCUUAUCGAGCUUCUGAAAGUACAUCGCCACUUUGGUAUUCAGUUAAGCAUGCAUCAGCCCAUAUUAUCAUUCUUUCUUCUUAUUCAGCAUAUGCGAUAUACACUCCUCAAUAUGUUUGGCUCGAACAAGAACUUAAAAAAGUUAACAGGAGCGAAACUCCAUGGUUGAUUGUUCUUGUGCAUUCGCCACUUUACAAUAGUAACAACUAUCACUACAUGGAAGGAGAAACUAUGAGAGUCGUUUUCGAGCCAUGGUUUGUCAAGUACAAAGUAGAUCUAGUCUUUGCCGGUCAUGUUCAUUCAUAUGAACGCUCGGAGAGAGUAUCAAAUAUUCAAUACAACAUAACAGAAGGAAUAAGUGCCCCGGUUAAAGAUUCUUCUGCUCCGGUUUACCUUACAAUAGGUGAUGGCGGAAAUUGUGAGGGUAUCGCGGAUAGGUAG